CUCCCCUGCCCGCGGUUCCCAGCUUCAAGAACAUCGCAGAAUCCACAGGACACACCCAGAGACCGCCUCAGAGCCAGCAGCAGCCGCCGGAGCCAACCAAGAAGAGUACUGUUGCAGAGUGUUGCAUAGUGGGAGGGAGCCAGCUAAAUUUGCCGAUCAAUUUUCAGCUUCGACCUCACCGUACCGACCGAUCGCCAUGGGAGUGCCGGUGAGGAGGGAGAGGGACGCGGAGGCGGAGCUGAACCUGCCGCCGGGGUUCCGGUUCCACCCGACGGACGACGAGCUGGUGGAGCACUACCUGUGCCGGAAGGCGGCGGGGCAGCGCCUCCCGGUGCCCAUCAUCGCGGAGGUGGACCUCUACAAGUUCGACCCAUGGGACCUGCCGGAGCGGGCGCUCUUCGGCACCAGGGAGUGGUACUUCUUCACGCCCAGGGACCGCAAGUACCCUAACGGCUCGCGGCCCAACCGCGCCGCCGGGAACGGAUACUGGAAGGCAACCGGAGCCGACAAGCCCGUCGCGCCGCGGGGGCGCACACUCGGGAUCAAGAAGGCGCUCGUGUUCUACGCCGGCAAGGCGCCGCGAGGGGUCAAGACCGACUGGAUCAUGCACGAGUACAGGCUCGCCGACGCCGGCCGUGCCGCCGCAGCCAAGAAGGGAUCGCUCAGGUUGGAUGACUGGGUGCUGUGCCGCCUGUAUAACAAGAAGAACGAGUGGGAGAAGAUGCAGAUGGGGAAGGGGUCCGCCCUCGCCGCCGCCACCACCACCAAGGAGGAGGCGAUGGACAUGACCACCUCCCACUCGCACUCGCAGUCCCACUCGCACUCGUGGGGCGAGACGCGCACGCCGGAGUCGGAGAUCGUCGACAACGACCCGUUCCCGGAGCUGGACGACUCGUUCCCGGCGUUCCAGGACCCCGCCGCCGCGAUGAUGGUGCCCAAGAAGGAGCCCCAGGUGGACGACGGCGGUAACCUCGCCGCCAAGAACAGCGACCUGUUCGUGGACCUCAGCUACGACGACAUCCAGAGCAUGUACAGCGGGCUCGACAUGCUGCCGCCGCCCGGGGAGGACUUCUACUCGUCGCUCUUCGCGUCGCCGAGGGUCAAGGGGAACCACACCACCGGCGGCGCCGGGUUGGCCCCCUUCUGAAUUUCUGAAGUGACGCGGCAUGGGAAUGAACCAUGAGAGGAUGGAUGACCAGGAGACGGCGCCGCAAGGACGCGGCGGCCUCUGUAAAUACAGCGUAGGAAGGAGUCGGAAGAACCUGAACCUGGUCGGGGUUACAGUGUUAAGAGUGUCGGUGUAGCGUACAAGGAGCCGGCCCGGGGGUGGCGCCGGCUCAUUUUUUUUUUUCACUUUUCACCUCAGAAGGUAGAUACUCGUAUAUGUGUAGCUCUUUCCUCUUUCUCCCAACAGAACCAGACGAAAUUUUGAUGUUCCUGUUUA